AUGAAGAACGCUUCAAAGUUUGAAGCCACCCUUCAAUACCCCCCCCAAAGAAAGGGGGGUUCGCAGGGUGCCCACAUGGGGGCCCCCAGCGAAACUCCCAGGCAGGCAGCACCAGGUCCAGGAGGGGCAGGUCCCAGAAGGGUUCCAGGCCUCUACUUCGCCACGGCCUUCUGCUUCUGCUUCAAGCACGCCACCGCCUGCCCAGACGUGCAGAAGAGGAGCGACGAGCGGAACGAUGCCCCAAGGCCCCCCCGUGGAGGUGCACGCGUGGGCCAGUGCUAUGCAGCGCCGCGCCGAGACCCAGUUCCGACGGGACUGGACCUUCGGCUUCACGCUCUGGAACUACCUCUUUCGGACCAUGGUCAACCUGCAGCAAUGCACACCGAGCCCAACGAAGACGGCAGCGGGCACCGCAGCCUGUCGAACCUGGAGAUCAUGGAAGGGCUGCAGGAGAUCCAGAAGGCCCUCCACAACGGCAAGUACCUGGACGUCAACAACCAGCACAGGGCCGUGAAGGGAGACCUUUCCAAGGUCCGAUACGUGCCGAGGCUGUCGGCAGCAGCCAGAAAGGCCACCCGCCCGAACCCAAAAAACGACCAAAAGCAAGGCUAUAUAUAG